CUCAAAGACGGGUAUAUAUAUUGGACAAUUUUUUGAUAUCUGUACACACUUAUACUCAGUUAUUUAACUCUCUACAAGUCACAAAAAACAACAAAAAAAAAGAAGAAUGAAGUUAUUCGUUAUUGCCCUUCUCGCCGGGCUUUCAGCAGCUCAUAUCAUGGACCCACAUCCACCCAACAGUGACCAUAAGCACGGACUAUUCCAGUACAAUCAACACCAGACACAAUAUGGCACCGGGCCACUCGUCACCUGCGACUAUGGAGUAGAAAAAGUCAAAAAAGGAAACUCAGUUUUCCUUCUUUGCAACGACGGAGUCACAAAAUACGAAAUUAAAUGCGUGGCGCAUAAUAAAUGGAGCAUCCAUGACGAAAAUUGCAACAAAGUGCAAAAGCCUAUGCCACCAGUAUACAAGCCAAUGCCACCAGUUCACAAGCCUAUGCCGCCAGUCCACAAGCCGAUGCCACCAGUUCACAAGCCCAUGCCACCAGUGCUCAAGCCUUUGACACCUGGGCCAGGUUUCGGACAGCAACCACCCCAUCCCGGACACAAGGUGUCGCCAUUUCAUCCAGGACCCCCACAGGGACCACAAGGACGUCCAUAUUACCCAUCUCCAAGCCCUCGUUUCAACAUCUACAAAUUCAUGUUGAUGAAAAAACUCAUGGGUGGCGGAGCUGGCGGCAUGGACUUCAAAGACAUUAUAAAAUAUCAACAUCUUCUCGGAGGAAUGCAAGGAGGAAGCGGUGGCGGAAUUUUAUCAAUGAUGACCAACCCAAUGUUCCAACUUCUCGGAGACAAAAACCCAUUCAGCAGUCUUUUGGGCGGCGGUUCCGACGACGAAGAUGGUAAAAGCGGUAUCCUCAGCAUGUUAACCAAUCCAAUGAUGGGAUUAUUUGGAGGGGGAAACCCUAUAUUGAGUUUAUUGAGUGGUUUGGGAGACUCAAGUAACAUUUAUCACGGUGGCGACGACACAGAAUACAACGAUCUUGGAAGUAAUUAUGCGUAAACAAAGAUAAUGUGUUAUUAUUUAUUAUGAUGUCAUAUAAGUAAGCCUCAUAUUUGUUUUGUCACAAACAAUAUUUAUUUAUCCAAUCAAAUAUUUAUUGUAAUAUUUUGAAUGAUAGAAAGUUACUUGUGCCCGACUUUUUGCAAUAAAAUGUCGUGAUUACUGUUUUUGAAAA